AUGAGACGGAUGUUCAAUGAGUGCCGUUUAGUUCACGCGGACUUAAGUGAAUUCAAUCUACUGUACAACGAGUCGAUGCUAUAUGUGAUCGAUGUCUCCCAGUCUGUGGAAUCAGACCAUCCGAUGGCUUUGGACUUUCUCCGAAAGGACUGCACGAAUGUUAACGAAUUCUUUCGCAAAAAAUCCGUCCCAACGAUGACUACAAGAGAGUUGUUUGACUUCAUUACUGAUCCCAAUAUUAACAAUGAAAAUAUUGACACAUAUCUGGAAAAGUGUCAACAAAUAGCCGCCAAUAGAACUGAUACAGAAUCAGAAGAACAGCACAAAGUGGACGAAGAAGUGUUUAAAAAGGUUUAUAUUCCGCAACGACUGCAAGAAGUGGCCAAUUAUGAGAAGGAUGUCUCAAAAGAGGACAAGAAAGAGGUAUUUUACAAAACGAUAACAGGUUUGAGGGAUGACCUGAAGGGACCGACUCUUAUCCCUUCAAUUCUUGAUAAUAAAAAUGAAGAAUCAGACGACAGUUCAGACGACGAUAAUAGCUCUCAAUCGCAAGAAUCAAAUGAAAACAAAGGUUAUGUUCAUUCGUCGCGACCUAAAGAUGAGACCACAGAAGAGAAAAAGGUUUAA